CAGGCGCGCGCGCCGCCGCCUCCUCUCGCGCGGGCGCUGUACCGCCCCAGCCGUCGACACGGGCGCGGCGCUCCGGAGCCUGCAGCCGUCGUCGCGCCGCCAGGCGCCUCCAACCGUCCGCCGGCCGGCGCUAGCGCCCUCCGUCGCCAGCACGCCGUCCGCCGCCACCGAUUCCCCUGCCGGCUGCCGACUACAGACCAUGGCUUCGUUCUCCUCCCCGGUAAGCUCCGACAGCGACGACGCAAGUUGCUAGAGUGAGGGAUGGAGAACGGGGAGAUCGAGGGGGCAGCGGACGACGGGGUGCCGGUGCCCGCGCCGCCCAACGGCAGGAGGUAUCGCCCCGUCGGCUCCAGCGAUCGCGCCGUCAUCCAGAUGACCUCCAUGGAGCCCGGCUCCUCCUCCUCUACCGCUGUGGCAGCCGUCAGUGGCAUCACGCCCCAGCCACCAAGGAAUCUAACGGUGGAUCCAAGCAUGCAAGAAGAUCACACUGUUUCACAAGGGGAUUCAAAGCUUGAGCUUUUUGGUUUUGACUCUCUUGUAAAUAUUUUGGGCCUCAAGAGCAUGACAGGAGAACAGAUUCAGGCCCCUUCCAGUCCUAGGGACGGUGAGGAUGUUGCAAUUACGAUUGGACGCCCAAAGGAAACUGGACCCAAGUUUGGUACCAUGAUGGGUGUCUUUGUCCCAUGCUUGCAGAAUAUAUUGGGAAUCAUUUAUUAUAUCCGUUUUACAUGGAUUGUAGGUAUGGCAGGUGUAUGGCAGUCGCUUGUUUUAGUCUCGUUCUGUGGUGCAUGCACAUUUUUAACUGGAAUAUCAUUAAGUGCCAUUGCAACGAAUGGAGCAAUGAAGGGUGGUGGGCCAUACUAUCUCAUUGGGCGUGCGCUUGGUCCUGAAGUUGGAGUUAGCAUUGGACUAUGCUUCUUCCUUGGAAAUGCAGUUGCUGGAUCCAUGUAUGUGCUAGGAGCUGUAGAAACCUUUUUGGAUGCAGUUCCUUCUGCUGGUUUUUUUAAAGAGAGUGUCACAGUAGUCAAUAAUACAUUAGUAAAUGGCACUGCAACAGCUAGCACAGCAACUAUAUCAACACCCAGCUUGCAUGACCUUCAAGUAUAUGGUGUUAUUGUAACCAUACUGCUGUGCUUUAUUGUGUUUGGCGGUGUCAAAAUCAUCAACAAGGUUGCACCUGCCUUCUUAAUACCAGUCCUCUUUUCACUGUUGUGCAUUUAUCUUGGUGUUUUCAUUGCACCAAGGCACAAUGCUCCAAAGGGAAUUACUGGGUUGAGUAUAACCACAUUUAAGGACAACUGGGGCUCAGAAUAUCAACGCACAAACAAUGCUGGAGUUCCUGAUCCAAAUGGCUCCAUAUAUUGGGAUUUCAAUGCUUUGGUAGGCCUCUUUUUCCCAGCAGUGACUGGAAUUAUGGCUGGUUCGAACCGAUCGGCUUCACUGAAGGACACACAACGUUCAAUACCAAUUGGAACAUUAUCUGCAACUCUUACAACAACUGCCAUGUACCUGUUCUCUGUCCUUCUAUUUGGAGCCUUGGCCACAAGAGAAGAGCUUCUAACUGAUAGGCUUCUUACUGCUACAGUGGCAUGGCCUGCUCCAGCAGUGAUUUAUAUUGGUAUUAUUUUGUCUACUUUAGGCGCAGCACUGCAGAGUUUGACAGGGGCUCCAAGAUUACUGGCAGCAAUAGCAAAUGAUGACAUUCUUCCAGUUCUUAAUUACUUCAAGGUUUCUGAAGGGGCUGAGCCUCACUCAGCCACUUUAUUCACAGCUUUCAUUUGUAUCUGCUGUGUGGUUAUUGGCAACUUGGAUUUGAUUACGCCCACCAUCACAAUGUUUUUCCUUCUGUGCUAUGCUGGUGUGAACCUGUCAUGCUUUCUCCUUGACCUCCUUGAUGCUCCUAGUUGGCGUCCUCGUUGGAAAUUUCACCAUUGGAGUUUAUCACUUGUUGGUGCAUUGCUUUGUGUUGUGAUCAUGUUUUUGAUAUCCUGGUCUUUUACUGUUGUCUCCCUUGCCCUUGCAAGCCUCAUCUAUUACUAUGUGAGCUUAAAAGGUAAGGCUGGAGACUGGGGAGAUGGAUUUAAGAGUGCAUACUUUCAAUUGGCACUACGAAGUCUCAGAUCAUUAGGAGCAAACCAAGUGCAUCCUAAGAAUUGGUACCCCAUUCCUCUGAUAUUCUGCCGUCCUUGGGGUAAACUUCCAGAAAAUGUACCUUGUCAUCCAAAGCUUGCAGAUUUUGCCAACUGUAUGAAGAAGAAGGGGCGUGGUAUGUCAAUUUUCGUCUCGAUUAUUGACGGUGAUUAUCAUGAACUGGCCGAGGAUGCAAAGACUGCUUGUCGUCAGCUGGACACUUACAUUGAGUACAAACGCUGUGAGGGUGUUGCAGAGAUUAUUGUAGCGCCAUCAAUGUCUGAGGGCUUCCGCAGCAUUGUUCAGACCAUGGGUCUAGGUAACUUGAAGCCCAACAUUAUUGUGAUGCGGUACCCUGAGAUUUGGCGUCGCGAGAAUCUGAUACAGAUACCGUCAACAUUUGUUAGCAUAAUAAAUGAUUGCAUUAUUGCUAACAAAGCCGUUGUCAUUGUGAAGGGCCUUGAUGAGUGGCCUAAUGAGUACCAGAGACAGUACGGCACUAUUGACCUCUACUGGAUUGUGAGAGAUGGAGGAUUGAUGCUUCUUCUGUCUCAGCUCCUGCUCACAAAAGAGACCUUUGAAAGCUGCAAAAUCCAAGUGUUCUGCAUAGCAGAGGAGGAUACUGAUGCUGAGGAGCUGAAGGCUGACGUCAAAAAGUUCUUGUAUGAUCUUCGAAUGCAUGCUGAGGUCAUCGUCGUGACUAUGAAGUCAUGGGAACCUCAUAUGGAGAGCAGUAGCAGUGGUGCUCCACAGGACGAUUCUCAAGAGGCUUACACAAGUGCACAGCGAAGGAUCAGCACAUACCUCUCUGAGAUGAAGGAAACUGCACAAAGAGAAGGACAUCCACUAAUGGAGGACGGAAAGCAAGUAGUUGUGAAUGAACAGAAGAUUGAGAAAUUCCUCUAUACAAUGUUCAAGCUGAACUCGACAAUACUUAGGUACUCCAGAAUGGCAGCUGUGGUCCUCGUAAGCCUCCCUCCACCACCAUUAAAUCACCCUGCGUAUUUCUACAUGGAGUACAUGGAUCUGCUUGUAGAGAACGUCCCACGCAUGUUGAUAGUUAGGGGAUACAGAAGAGAUGUUGUCACAUUCUUCACAUGAUUAGAGAUGUAUACCUUCUGGCGGCUCUACUGCCAUAUGAUUGUUGUAACAUCAUCAUAGCAAAGUGGGCAAGCAGAUUUUGUGCAGAUUUUACAGCUGAAAGUCAGAAGCCAUCACCUUGAAGGCUACCUACCCUGAGAUAGGAGAUCUGCUGGGCCUUUCGCUGGCAUAUUGGGUACGUCAACUACAGUAUGUCCAUUCUUUUUCUCGGAUUCACAUAGCAAGCUUCAAUACAGUUAAUUGUCACAAAUUUUGUAGCCCUGGUGUUCCCCAUACGUGUAACAAUCUUAGAAACGCAACGCUUCCUUUUGCACUGAAACAGUAGCAAUGGUAUCACAUUUUUUAAAAUAUAUUUCCAGUUGAUGUAAUGAGCAAACUGAGGUGGCCAUUAAUGUUGGCAUGUUGUUGAUUGGCAUGACGUUUAUACUGAUACACGUGAAAAUCAGCUGAAAUUAUUGGUAACACUGUACAGGACUUUCCUUGAUUCA